UAGCAAAACAGUAUUUAAAAUGCAACUGAAAUCAACCUAUGCACAUUUUAAAACAUUAUGUAUUAAAAAUAAUAUGGCGCCACAUAAAAUAUGGUUUACAAUAUUUCCGAUGGUUUCCAUAAUGGAAUGAUAGACUACGCAAUGGUUUUACUUUUUUUUUACUGCUGUACCAUUCUGGAAUAAUAACCAAUGCUAUAUUGUGAGAUUACUUAACUCAUUGUUGUUCCACUUGAACCAUGCAGCGUCAUACCUCAUAAGCUAUCAUGAACAGUAAAAGUAAUAAAUACGGAAAAAAGAAAAAUGUAAAUCACCAUUCAAGAGAGAGAUUUCAAAAUGAACGGGUUUCAAACAGAAGUCAUGACAGAAGUGGCUGUGGUGAUACAAGCAGUUUUUCUUCCCACGCUCCCAGGCAGCUGGAUGAAGCAUCAAGUCACCAAACACAGGCAUGUAGCUCUACAAGAACUCAUCAUAGUGCCAGACAUGGCAGCAGCAGACAAAACAAGCCCAGUGUUCCAUCCUCAGCUGGACAUUUCUUGCAGGCCUCAACUCAGCUGGGUCACACAUCAUCUGCAUCUCUUGAUGAAACAGAGUCAGAUCUCCCUGGCUACUACUAUGACAGAGAAAAGAAAAGUUACUUCAAGAUUUUACCCAACACAAUGAGUUCUGUUGGCUCCUUUGUUACUAAGGAAACCAUAAAAAAGCAGGUGGCAGAGAAACAGCGUUUAUCAGACAUUGACAGUCUAGGGAAACUUCCAAAGACACAGGUCGCACCUCUCAUGCCCAGGCCCAAGACAAAUAGGACCAAGCAUCUUCUUGAUGUUCUGAGGAAUGUCCAGUGUGGUCAGUUCACUUGUCGGAAUCUUUCAACUUACAUAAUACAACGGGCAUGUUGCAACAUUGAGCCCAACUCAGAAUGGGAAAACCACUGUCCUCAGCAGCCCAGUCUAAGGUUGGAAGAAAUUCAAAAAGUGGAGGUGAGUCCUGAAAGAGACAAGAUGGUCUGUGUCUCAACCCUCAAAUCUAGCAUAGCCCAGUGUAUCCAGUUGAUGACAGUCACUCAAAAAACUCAGCUCAGUAGAAAAGACAGGAAACAAACUGUCAUUGAAAUGAAGCCACCUGAUUUACCUCUUGGCCCUAUUUACAAAAAAGUUAGCUCCUUAUGCUGGGCCAAACUGCCUAAUUUGCCAGGGAAAAAUACCAUUCUCUACACUACUGUUUGCCCUAUUGGAUAUAUGCCAAGUUUAGUUUACCUUGGGAAUCUUGAUGCUGAAAAUAAUGAUUCAAUGACAGUAUUUGAACUGAAUCUGGGCUUCAAGAUCGUCUGGUCUUCAGCAUGGGACAGCCACCAGUCAAGAUUUAGUGUUGGUUCAGAGCGCAAGUGCCAUCUAAUUGAUGUGUCAACACGUAGAAGAUGGACAUACAAAACCUACAACAGUGAUCCACUAGCACAGCUUUUCUCUCCUAAUAACCCCAACAUCUUGUACAAUGGUACACGGGCAGGUCUAAUCCUCAGCCAUGAUGUCAGAUGUCAUGGAAGUGGUGGACCUCAGGCUGAGAUGAGACAGAACGAAGGCAUUGGCUGUCUGAGGCAUCAGAAGGAUGAAAACUAUAUCAUGGCCAGUGACUUUUCAGGAACAAUUUGUACUUGGGACCAGCGCAUGCAUAAAGUUGUUAUGAGGUACAAGGGCUUGAUCAACUCUCAUUAUCAGUUGCCUUUUUACCUGGAUGAAAGUGAAACACUUCUUUGUAGCACUGGAUCUGACAGUUACUCUAAACUGUGGAGUGUUGGCAGUGGUGAGUUGCUGCGCAGUAUUCCUCCUCCAUAUUCCACAACUCCUGGACAUUUUCCUAUAGCCAUCUACUCCCAACAUUGGGGAAAUAUUGCUGCCAAUAGUGGACUUAUAAUAGCAAUGAGAAAUUAUUUUCAAGUUUAUUCUUGACCUUCUCAUCUUGUACUUUGUUCAGCGAUACGUUUUUACCAAUAUGUUACUUUCACAAUUAAAGUUUGACAGUAAAAGUAAAAUGUUUUCUCUUGUGUGUGU